AAAUUCAUGACACUGAGCAGCAGCAGAAGAGUAGUGUACGAGUGGCAGUGAAAUAUUAAGGAAGCAGAAGAGAGAGAGAGAAUGGCGAGGUGGUAUUUUAUGGUUUUACUACUUGCUCUUACAAUUCUUGAUGCAACUGCCAGGACUGCGCCUGGUAAAGCUGGUUUGGAUGACCAGAAGAAUUUUCUUGUAUUUGGUGGUGUUGGUGGCGUUGCCGGAGUUGGAGGAUUGGGCGGAGUUGGUGGAUUGGGUGGACUAGGUGGUGGAAGUGGGCUUGGCGGAGUUGGUGGACUAGGAGGAGGUUGUUCCGAUGAUACUCUUUCUCAUAACCCUUGAUGGAUCAUCCAAUUCAUGUUCCCUAAUGUGUCUGCUUUGUUAAAUUCUAGUCGUAUAUGACCGGCAAUUGCUUCA